AUGGUUCAAUCCGCCGUUCUGGGUUUCCCCCGCAUGGGAAAGCUCCGUGACCUCAAGAAGGCCACCGAAGCUUACUGGGGUGACAAGAUCUCUCGCGAUGAGCUCCUGAAGGAGGGAAAGAGACUCCGUCUGGAGCACUGGAAGAUCCAGAAGGAUGCUGGUGUUGAUAUCAUCCCCAGCAACGACUUUGCCUUCUACGAUCAGGUCCUCGACCACAUCCAGCUCUUCGGUGUCGUCCCCGAGAGAUACAGCAAGUACAACCUGCACCCUCUUGACGAGUACUUCGCCAUGGGCCGUGGUCUCCAGAAGCCCGCCACCGAUGGUCAGGCCGCCAUUGAUGUUCCUAGCUUGGAAAUGGUCAAGUGGUUCGACUCGAACUACCACUACGUCAAGCCCACUCUCCAGAACAACCAGGUCUUCAAGCUGGCUGAGGAGCCCAAGCCUGUUGCUCAGUUCCUUGAGGCCAAGGAGGCCGGCGUCAUCACCCGCCCCGUCCUCCUCGGUCCCGUUUCCUUCCUGACCCUCGCCAAGGCCGACCGUGGCCAGACCGUUGACCCCAUUGACAAGAUCAACGACCUUCUCCCUCUCUACGUUGACCUCCUCGCCAAGCUCAAGGCUGCUGGUGUUGAGGAUGUCCAGAUCGACGAGCCCGUCCUCGUCUUCGACCUCCCCGUCAAGUCCAAGGCUGCCUUCAAGCCCGUCUAUGAGAAGCUGGGUGCUCUUGGUGACAAGGCUCCUCGCCUUGUCCUCGCCACCUACUUCGGUGACAUCGUCCACAACAUCGAUGUCCUCCCUGCCCUCCAGAGCCUCUAUGGUAUCCACGUGGACCUUGUCCGCAACCCUGAGCAGCUCGACUCCGUCAUCGCCGCUCUUGGCCCCAACCAGGUCCUCUCCGCUGGUGUCGUUGAUGGCCGUAACAUCUGGAAGACCAACUUCAAGGCCGCCAUCGAGAAGGUCGAGGCCGCUAUCCAGAAGCUCGGCAAGGACAGAGUCAUUGCCUCCACCUCCAGCUCCCUCCUUCACGUUCCCCACACCCUCGAGAGCGAGAAGAACCUCGACCCCGAGGUCCGUGACUGGUUCAGCUUCGCUGUUGAGAAGACCAAGGAGAUCGUCGUCAUUGCCAAGGCUGUCACCGAGGGCCCUGCUGCCGUCCGUGAGGAGCUCGAGGCCAAUGCCAAGUCUGUUCAGGCUCGUGCCUCGUCCGCCCGCACCAACGACCCCAAGGUCAAGGAGCGCCAGGCUGCUGUCACCGACGAGAUGCACAACCGCAAGUCUCCCUUCCCCACCCGUAUUGCCGAGCAGAACAAGUCCAUCAACCUUCCUCUCUUCCCCACCACCACCAUCGGUUCCUUCCCCCAGACCAAGGAGAUCCGUGUCCAGCGUAACAAGUUCACCAAGAACGAGAUCACCGCGGCGGAGUACGAGAAGUUCAUCGAGAAGGAGAUCGAGUAUGUUGUCAGAACUCAGGAGGAGCUUGGCCUCGAUGUCCUCGUCCACGGCGAGCCCGAGCGUAACGACAUGGUUCAGUACUUCGGUGAGCGUCUCACCGGUUACGUUUUCACCACCCACGCCUGGGUUCAGUCCUAUGGAUCUCGUUGCGUGCGUCCCCCCAUCAUCGUCGGUGACAUCUCUCGUCCCGCUCCCAUGACCGUCAAGGAGUCCAAGUAUGCCGUGUCCAUCUCCAGCAAGCCCAUGAAGGGUAUGCUUACUGGACCCAUCACCUGUCUCCGCUGGUCUUUCCCCCGUGACGACGUCCACCAGUCCGUCCAGGCUCAGCAGCUUGCUCUGGCUCUCCGUGACGAGGUCGUUGACCUCGAGGCCGCCGGUGUCAAGGUCAUCCAGGUCGAUGAGCCUGCCCUCCGUGAGGGUCUCCCUCUCCGUGCUGGCAAGGAGCGUGAGGACUACCUCGCCUGGGCCGUCCGUGCCUUCCGCCUCGCCACCACCGGUGUCAGCGAUGGCACUCAGAUCCACUCCCACUUCUGCUACUCUGAGUUCCAGGACUUCUUCCACGCCAUUGCGGCUCUCGAUGCCGAUGUUCUCAGCAUUGAGAACAGCAAGUCCGAUGCCAAGCUGCUCAAGGUCUUCGUUGAGGAGGCUUACCCCCGCGAAAUCGGUCCCGGUGUCUACGACAUCCACUCGCCCCGUGUCCCCAGCGAGCAGGAGAUCAAGGACCGCAUCGAGGAGAUGCUUCCUUACCUCCGCCCUGAGCAGCUCUGGAUCAACCCUGACUGUGGUCUGAAGACCCGCCAGUGGCCCGAGACCAAGGCUGCUCUGACCAACAUGGUCAACGCGGCCAAGUACUUCCGCCAGAAGUACUCCAAGUAA